AAUCGUAACCGCUCUGGCAGACCGGGGCAUCGAUUGCAGGAAUACCUCUCAUGAAUGCUAAAGCUAAAGGGUUCUAGGACUUCUUACUUGAAUGGUUUUGACGCUCCUACGAGGUGGCGAUAUCGGUGCGAUGAAGAUGGGCUGAAUCCUCCAUUUACUUUUGAUCAAACCAAUUGGUAUCGACAUGCCUGGUUUCCGUCGGCUGGCAGCUAGGAUCUACACCGAGAAUCGCGUCAUUGACAUUGAAAUUCCAUUCAGAUGCGAAAAAUACAUCGACAGUUGGGUGUUUCCUGUUCAUUUAACGCAACUUACGAAGUUUGCAGACUCACAUUACCUCGUCGACCCUGUAUUGCCUCUCAUCACCGAUCCUUCUGCAUGUCAGUUGUUAUCAAAUGCCGCGCUCGAUCGCAACCCGCAAGCUCACGGCAAUAUCAACCCUUCGAUUGUCCCGAUGGGAACGCGUCUAGAGAUGAUUGACGAAGCUCCUGGAACAAAGGCAGAUGCCAUAGACCUAGUGCGCGGUAUGAUUCGUGGAGAACCCGGAGGGGUCUGAGACGGAUGUGAAAGUUGAAGAGUGUGUGUGUGAUGGGAGCAUGCGGUAUUCACACCAGUACUGUAUAAUGUUGAGAAGCAACGCAACGAAGAAAACUACAAUCGUAUUUUUCUCCGUCCUGCCUUCUGCUGUCCCCAAGGUUCAAGGUUCAGCCAAAUUAGCCCCUUAAUUAAUACCGGUGUUCUAAGUCAGCCCAGGGUACACAUGGCUGA